AUGGAACGCUCUCUCUCUAUUGAGGAACAAGCGGAACUUGCCCGGAGCAAUAAAAAAGUCAAAAAUGUGAAUCAUGCGGGUUUUUGUGAAGGACAAAGCUCGGGGUCUCCAUCUCCUAGCUUCGCUGGGGGCCAAGGCAGCCAAAAUGCUUCAUUCAGAGAUAAGCUUAUGGGUGAAAUACCAGGUGCAUACACGCAGGCAUUUUGUUUUGAAGAGUUCAUGGAUGAUGAUCCCGAGUCGGAUGAUGAAGUGGAAACUCUUAGGCAAGGUAUGGUGACUGUGAAGUUCUCGAAGGAGCUUAAACAAGAGAUCCGAAGACCUUGGGCAAGAGCUUUGAUUGUGAAAGUUUACGGUAGAGCUGUUGGAUUAAAUUUUCUCCAAGCUAGAUUAUUAUCUUUGUGGAAACCAGCAGGGCGUAUGGAUGUUGUAGACCUUGAACAUGGCUUCUUCCUCAUAAGGUUGUCAUUGAAAGAGGAUGUUGAGACUGUGUUGAAGAAAGGUCCUUGGUUCUUAGGAGACCACUUCCUGUUGGUUAGACCAUGGGAACCAGAUUUCAAGCCUGAAUCAGCCAAGGUGUCUUCUAUUGCAGUUUGGAUAAGACUCAGUGGGUUACCUAUUGAAUACUACAAUGCUAAGGCUCUCCAACACAUAGGGAAGGCUAUUGGCAAUGUGUUAAGGAUUGAUACUUUCACGGCGACUGAAUCUAGAGGUAAGUUUGCAAGGCUGUGUAUCCAAGUUGAUGUAGAUAAACCGCUUAUCACUACGGUGAUGAUAGGUAAACUCCAGCAAACCGUUACUUAUAAGGGUAUCCAUAAUUUAUGUUUUGAGUGUGGAAGAAUGGGCCAUAAAAGAGAGGCUUGUCCUUAUGUUAUUAGGCCGGUGCCGCCGUGUGAGGAAGCGGAGAAGGAUGCAGGGGAAACAGGGGCAAGCACACACGUUGUGCAUGAUGCUGACAGUGCUGAGAGAAGUAACGGUCUUCAACUAGCUAAUAGGAGAAAUUGGAUUGGUGUGGAGAAGCCUGAGAAUUCCAACGGGCUUAACAGGGAGGCAAAAAGGAAGCUGGCCCCUCUAAGGAUUCUGGAGAAAGCCCAAUUGGAGCAAGCCAUUCAUAGAAUUGGGAAGGAAGCCCAAGAUGAUUCGGCCCACAAUGCAAGUAUGAAAGUCAAUAUUCCAAAAAAUGGUAAAGCCCGUAAGGCUGGUUCAGUCAAAGCAAUGAAGAUGGAGGCAUGUUCAAGGGUUGGAAGCUUGAGAUUGGUCGGUGCUGCUGGGGAAGAAACCUCUAGGGACAGCUCGCCGACACACAGGACGAGCCAAGCCGGUGCUGUCGCCGUAGCAGGGGCGGACUUGAGGCAGAUCAGUAUGGCGCAUUUCAAUACGCCGUCGCCUGGUGGAGAAUUUUAG